AUGAAUUAUCAGUCCAAUUGCGGAUUCGAUAUAGACUCAGAAAAAACGAAUUUUGCUUUGGAAUCUCAAUUUUUGCAAACGUUGCAAUCUAAUCAGCAAAAUCUCGUUAAUCAAGAAGACUUCAAUAUCGUUUAUUUUGAUUUCGAAACUUCAGGUUUUGAGAAAAAUGCUGACGUAUUACAGACUGCAGCCAAACUCAAAGAUUAUUCUUUCAGUGUUUACGCAAUGCCGACAAAAAAAAUUAAUCCAUCAGCAUCUAAAGUAACGGGUCUUCAUCAAGAUUGUGUAACGCUUCAUUUACGUGAUAAAGAAGUUGAAGCGAUAACGUUCAAAGAUGCUCUGCUUUCCUUUCAAGAAUUCUUGAAUAUUUCUUGUAAGCCAUUUUUAUUAGUUGCUCAUAACGCUGCAUUUGAUACUGGACAUUUGAUUCGGGCUAUCAUUCAAAAUUCAAUGGUUGAAACAUUUAAAAACGUCGUUGACUUCUCUGACACGUUAUCAAUAUUGAAAAAGAUAUAUCCUGAAAGACGAGGCCCUGGACUUUUUAAGCUAAGCAAGCUUGCUGAAGAUUUAUUACAGCAGAAUGGAGAUUUCCAUGAAUCCUUGGAUGAUGUACAAGUACUGCAACAGCUGUCUUCAAAAUUUAUUGGGUCGGAGAAAUUGAUUAAUUCUCGAAAAUCAUAUGUAGAAUGCUUAGUAAAUGAAGCUAAAAGUCAAAAAGCUGAUAUGUUAAUGCCAUCUUCGAAAAUUUUGGAAGGAAUCGUGUCCGAUAAUAUGCUGGAAAAAAUUGCAAACGCAGGAAUAGAUUUGAUUAUGAUGUUAGCAGCAAGUGAGGACAAAGAAAACAAAAGAUUAGUGCAAUUACUCUCUGAGCUUAAUGAUUUAAAUAAACCAAGGGUCACCAGAGAUAAAAAAAUCCCGAAAAAAAUUAAUGAUUUUCUUGAAAACUAUCAAGAAUGCAAUACCUAA